UCAAAACGGAAACAGGACGUUUACAACAAGCUAGCUACACAUUUAGGUCCAGUUUAUUAGCAAAACGUGUUGUUUUUCUUCCAAACAAAGAAACUAUGUUUUGCGACAAUUGUGAGAAGAAGCUGGGCAGGGUGAGAACUCCAGACACCUGGAAGGACGGAGCCAGGAACACUACAUGUAGAUAUAGGACUCGCAUUAUAGAUACAGAAUUGUGUUAUUACACAUCGUUUGAUCCUUAUGGGAAGCCAGGGAAUUCAGGGAAGUCGGGCUUUGGCAUCUGCCGAAUCUGCAAGAGUUCUGUUCACCAAUCAGGAUCUCACUACUGCCAGGGCUGUGCCUAUAAGGAGAGAAGCAGAGAUGAAAGAGAACUUUACCAAAUCUGUGCCAUGUGUGGGAAGAAGGUUCUGGACACCAAGAACUACAAGCAGACCUCCGUCUGACAGGCCACCAGUAUAACCAGAGAAAGGUGGUGAGAAGGCGUGAGAAAGAAAAGGAGGGAAAGGGGAAGGAAGGUGGGCACGAGAAAUGACGUCUUUAUCGUGUAGCAGGCUUGCUUUGACCCUGUCUAAAACUCUCAGUCAAGGGGUUACUCUUUCCAGCUCUGUGUGUGUGUGUGUGUGUGAAUUAUGGAGCAAUGUCUCCCUCCAUAUUAUAGAGCUCCUAUAACCCUCAGCUUUGUAGCAGCAAAAAGUGGCCAGUACACAUCAAGUCCGAGACUACUUUUAGUUUUAAUACCUGGACUGAUGGUUUCUAUCCUGUUGUGCCAAACCUGCUCUGAUACAGGAGUUUCCUUUUUUAAAUUAUUUGUGAAUUCUAUCAUGUCUCAUAUUUUUUUGAGGGUAUUAAAAUAUUAAUUAUGUAAUGGCAAUUAAAUUAGUAUUUAUCAACUUUGUUUUGUUUAGUCUCAGACCAAAACAUUCAAACAAAUGUCCUAUUCAAUAGGCUUUAACACAAUUCAAGACCCUGUUCUCUGUGUUGCUCGGUCACCUGUACACGCGACAGUGAUUGGUUAAGAACUUCUGACAUCAUCAUCAUCACAGCAUGCUGUAACUUCCUGUGUGACCCAGGGUCAGGUUAGAUGCCGUGUUCAUGUGCUAGUCGGAACUACGAAACUCUGAAAUGUUCGACUUGCUAACUGGUUGAAUGUGGCACGUGUACAACUAUAACCAGUUAGCAAGUCGGAAAUGUCAGAGUUCUGACUAGCAUGUGAACGCGGCAGGAGAACAGAGGUUGGCAGAGUCAUUGCAGCUGCCCACUGACAUUUAAAGGCCCUGUCUCCCCUCAGGCUCUCCACUCUACCUCAGCAAACACACACCCAGCCCGUUACACAGAAAGAAAGAGCCACUCAAUUGUGGUGAUAUAGUUUUAUUGAGAGAACACACAACAUAAUGAUGAUUCCUGAAAACAAUGGCAACAUAGACAGAGGAAAACAUUGUUAGACACAUUCUAGGAAAUAUAGAUAUAGUAGAACACGUGUUGGCUUAUAAACUAUAGAGAUGCUUUUGCUGAACAGUGCUGAAAUACACUUUUUUACAAAUGUUAGUUACAAAUAUUUUCCUUUGUACCACAUACAGAUGAAACAUUAUGGAGUCUUAAAGGGCUAAUCUGCUGUUGGAAAAAUAACUGUUUUGGUAAAAAGAUGAAGGAUGGGGCUGGAUAAAUCUAACCACUCUCAAAUGUAUAGACUGAGAUAUGUAGGCAAGGACUGACCAUCCAUGAUAUCACAGUUAUAGUUUUAACCAUGUUUUGAGGCUAUGCAGUGUUUCUUUACGAACAUUGGAGUAAAACAAGCUUAUAUUUUGGGUUCUGAUUGGGUGUGACAGUUGAACUAAGCUCAUUAGGCAUUUAUAAGUUAUAUUCCUCAAGAAUCAAUGGGUGUAUAUAUAAUUCAUUUAUAAGUCCAAAAAUGUAUGUAGGGACUGCAGAUUGCCCCUUUAAAGGGGCAUUCCACCACUUUUCAACCUCAGUCAUUAUCUCUAUAAAUGACAAGUUAUCAAACCUGUUCACAGGGUUGGUUAACUCUGGAGAUUCCUUUGGCUUCUAGAGAGUUAGGUAAAUCAGCCUUUAAUUUCCUUGCAUCUUAAGUGUGGAAUGAUCUACAUACAAUACACUUCAAAAUUGGAGGAAUUGUUGCCUCUAGAGCAUUUCAGAUGGUUGUUAGGGGACCUUUUUACGAAGAAUUUGUCUGUUUUUUAUGAUUGUGUUUUGCUUUUCGUGUAUUGUUGUGUAUAAUAAUGUGUAUUUAAUUGUGUAUAUGAAUGUGUAGUUUAAUGCGUUUUAUUGUAUUUUAAUGUGUAUUGUGGUGCUAUACAGGGCUCACCUAGAAAAGAGACCUUGGUCUUAGCAUUGACUCCCUGUCAAAAUAAAGGUUUAAAAAAUAGAAAAAUC